AUGGAAACCCUUCGCAACAGGAUUCAACAAGGUCGGAGGGAGCCAAGUCUAGUAUCAGAAGGCGCUCCCGACCGAGCAUAUCAACUUGAGAGUUUGGGCGAUGAAUGCUUGAACAAAUACGAAGCAAACGGAGAUGUUCUAGAUCUUGAGGAAGCAAUCCGUCUAUACCAAGAAUCUCUCAAUCUCAUACCAGAUGAUCAGUCAGACCGGUCACGUCGACUUGGCAGUCUGGGGCAUGGGUAUGAAACCAGAGGAAACAGAACAGGGGCAAUUUCCGAUUUUGAGAUGGCAAUUCAGCGAUAUCAAGAAUCUCUCGAUCUAACUACAGAUGAUCAUCCAGAAAGGGCACAUCAACUUGGACGUCUUGGAGAUGGAUACAGAAACAGGGCAUUUCGAGUUCAAAGUCUUGGUACUGGAUACCAAGAACGAUACCGAAGAACAGAGGAAGUGUCAGAUCUUGAAGCAGCAACCCAACAAUUCCAAGACGCCCUCGACCUGAUACCGAAUAACCAUCCAGAUCGAGCCCAUUGCGUUUACAGCCUUGGGGGUGCAUAUUUAGAUCUCUACCGAAUAGCUAGAACGAUGGAUGACCUUGAAACUGCAACUGAGCAUUUACAAGAAGCACUCAAUCUAACACCGGACGACGAUAGAGACCGGGCACGACAACUUAAGAAUCUUGGAGAUGCAUACAGAGAGAAAUACCACAUGACCAGAGAAACAAAGCACCUUGAAAUCGCAAUUCAAUUGUCCCGAGAAGCCCUCGAUCUCACACCUGACGACCACCCGGAGCGUGCACAACGGCUUCAAAGUCUCGGAAUUCAAUACCAAGAUAAAUAUGAAGCAUCAGACGAAACAUCGGGUUUUGAGAUGGCAAUCCAACAAUAUGAACAGGCUCUUGCCCAUUACUCGUCACCCGCAAGUGAGCGACUACCACCUGGUCAAGAAUUGAUGGGCUUGGCGUUGAUGCAACCUCAUGCCAAUCAAUUUCACGAUGCUGGCCAGAAACUGGAAACAACAAUCCAGGCCAUACGGGAACUGCCCGGGUUUGAUCGAUUUCUUUUGCCACCAUCUGAGGAUGAACUGACGGCAAUUGCAAGCGAGGGGCCAAUUGUUUUGGUCAAUGUGAGCUACUACCGCUGCGAUGCGUUGAUCAUUGAGAAGGGUGGGCUCAGGACUUUGCCCCUCUCAAGUUUGACGAGACGUGAGGUUGAAGCUCGCGCAAUGAGCAUAAACAAGACGGAUGAGGAAUUACUUGAGUGGCUAUGGAAAACCAUCGGCAAUCCAAUAUUAUCCGCAUUGGGAUUCACAAAACCGCCAACUGAAGGCAACUGGCCUCGUAUAUGGUGGAUCCCUACCGGGCCUCUAUGCACGUUUCCAAUCCAUGCGGCAGGGUACCAUUCCAACAAUUCGACCGAGACCAUCCUAGACAGGGUGAUCUCAUCCUAUAAUUGUUCUGUCAGAGUGCUCAUCUCCAGUCGCCAAAAUCGCUCUCAGAUGAGAGUUCAUAAUUCACAAAGGGCUGUUCUUGUGGGCAUGCAAGAGCUCCAAUAUGCGCCACAAGAGAUUGACAAGAUAGAGGGCCUUUGCAACUCUAUGAAUUUACACGCAAUCAGGCCGAGGCCCUACCGGAACGAUGUCUUGUCUGCUUUGAAUGACUGCAAGAUCUUCCAUUUCGCCGGCCAUGGGCAGUCCAACCAGUCAGAUCCAUCAGAAAGCUCCCUACUCCUUAGUGACGGAUCGUUAACAGUAGCGAGUCUUUUUGAAUCAAACCUUCAAAACCAAGGACCAUAUCUAGCCUAUCUCUCUGCGUGUGGCACAGGUCAAACGAGACGUAAGGAACUCGUGGACGAAGGGCUACAUCUGAUUGGUGCUUGUCAGCUUGCUGGUUUCCAGAAUGUCAUAGGCACUUUGUGGGAGGUGAACGACAGUUCUUGCGUGGAUGUAGCAGUCGGAACGUAUGAGUGGAUCAAAGGCCAAGAUAUGCGUGAUGAAUCUGUCAGUGAGGGACUUCAUCACGCUAUUAGGAAUCUCAGGGGCCAAUGGAUCUUGGAAAAUACCGUGGGGGGGUACGUCUGA